AUGGUGGGAGCAGACGCAGAGGUGCGCAGCAGGAGAGAGAGGAAUCAGUGUUUGGGUUGCCCUCAGAAGUUGAGAUACGGCCCAGGACUAGCUGGGCCCCACCCUCCUGGACUCGCAGACACUCUCUUUGACCAGCUGAUCCAACUCAGUUGUGAGGGGAGAAAUAAAACUGGUCCCAGCCUCUGCCUGUGGACCAACAACUUGGCCUCCAGUCCUGGACCCUGCUCUCUGCAGUGCUGCAGUGGUGGCCCGCUCUGCCUGGUGCUCGUUGGCCUCGGGCCUAGGCCACCUGACCGUCCCAGAGGACAAGCUGCUUCCUGCUGCGCCCCUGGUGACCACCACUCCACCAGCCCCCAAGAGGAACGUGAGUGUCUGUCCACACCUGCCUGCUCCAGCAAGGGGUCCAAAGAAGUUCAACUCAGCCCACAGCCCCACUUAACGCUUUUUGCCUCCGUGAAUGGGGGACAAAGGCAAGGGGCGGAUGAAUGGUCCCAUCUCUUCUCGCAGCUGCAACAGUCCAGCUUAGGCUACACUGCAGGGUGCAGCCAGGCCUGCGGGGCAGGGACCCCCAGGUGUCACAGGGCUGUGGCUCAGCCCUGCUACCAGGAGUGCUGCCAAGUGUCGGCCUUAGGCAGCUGCCUCCAGCUGGACAGCAACCUCCACUUCAGUGGGGCAGCAUGAGGGGCCAGCAGGAGCCCCCUGCACUGGACCCUGGCUGGGGCCAUGCUGCUGCUCCUUCACUUUGCUCUGCUCUCGUUCCUGUUCCCCUAACCGGGCCCAGCAGAGUCAGGGAGUAGCAGGCACGAAGAUCCUGUAGGCCCUGCAAGUCCCCAGGCCGACCCCCAGCUCUGAUUCCUGUAGCUGUAUCUUCACUGAAAGGGAUUUAUCAAGUCCACAACUCUGUGCUAGAGGCUCCCAGGGCCUAGGCCUGAAUGUGAUGCCCUCCAAGGGGCAGGGCCUUAGCCCCACUGCCAAGGAGGGGCUGAGGUUUGUCUGGAAAAACAGAACAAUCUCCUGUCUGACCCCCAUCAAGUGGGAGGACCCCAAGUCCUGCAGAACAGCCUCUUCAUCUGUAAAAAGUGCCCAGUCCUGUCCACUGUUCCUAGGUCCUUCCCAGACUGACACAAAGAGGGGUGCUGCAGUUGGGGUUCCCCUGCUUUCCUGGAGUGACCCCCACCACCUUUAUCUUUAAGGGCAAUCCCCUUUCUCCUCAUC